CGUGUCUGGAAAUAUCCGAGGGCGCUUGAACGCGUCAGUGCCGGGACUCGCUCGACUUGUUUGCGUCAGCGGUCUUUAGCGGAGCAGCGGGGCAGGCGGCGGGGAGACUGUCUCAGUUGGGACCCAGGGAAGUGUCAGCGUCGCUCUUAAACUUUCACCAAGCCUCUCGGUUCAGCCUCCAUCCAGAUGACGGUGACUCAGGACCGGCCGAUGACUUACGCCAAAAUGAGAGGGCUCAAGUCGUUUUUCUCAGCUCUGCUCAAAGGGAAGAAAGUUGGCCUCAGCGUCUUCUUACAUAAACUCGCUUCCACCCAGCAGCUCUAUCAGCACCUAGACGCUCAGAAAAACGUGCAGCGGAAGGAAACGGAGCUGAAAACCCCUGUGAGCUCAGCGGACAUGGAAACCUCUGAGAUGAAACCAUCAGACUUUGACUACCUUAAAGUUAUUGGCACAGGUAGUUUUGGAAAGGUGCUGCUGGUGAGACACAGAGAACAAGGAGGCUACUAUGCAGUUAAAGUGCUGCAGAAACAGAUGAUUGUCAAGAGGAAAGAGCAGAAGCAUGUGAUGGUUGAGAGGAGUGUUCUGCAGAAGACGCUUCGACACCCGUUCCUGGUGGGACUUCACUUCUCCUUCCAGACGCCGAGUACCCUGUUCUUCGUGCUGGACUACGUUAACGGAGGGGAGCUUUUCUACCACCUUCAGAGGGAGGGCUCAUUUCCCGAGCACAGGUCGGCUUUCUACGCUGCAGAAACGGCCAUGGCGCUGGGUUACCUCCACUCGCUGGACAUCGUCUACAGAGACCUCAAACCAGAGAACAUCCUCCUGGACAGCGAGGGCCACGUGAAGCUCACUGACUUCGGCCUGUGCAAAGAAGGCGUGGACGUGGGCGGCACCAUGCACACGUUCUGUGGGACCCCUGAGUACCUGGCCCCAGAGGUGCUGCAGGGCCGCCCAUACAGUCGGGCUGUGGACUGGUGGGGGCUCGGCGCUGUGCUCUUUGAGAUGUUCUAUGGGCUGCCUCCGUUUUACAGCCGCAGCAAAGCGAAGAUGCUCGACAACAUCCUGCACGCUCCUCUGCGGCUGCACUGUAAGGUAUCUCCGGCUGCGCGCUCGCUGCUGAGGGGUCUGCUGGAGAGGGACGUCUCCAAGCGCCUGGGCGGCAGCCGCGACCUGGCGGAGCUGCAGGAGCACCCACUCUUCGCCUCCCUCGACUGGGACGACCUCCUGGCCAGGAAGGUUAGACCCCCAUUCAUCCCGCGGGUGACGGGUCCCUGUGACAUCAGCUACAUCGACUCUGCGUUCACGCUGCAGCCCGUCCCCUCCUCGGUGACUGAGUGCUGCCAGGCAGGUGGGGCCUGCGAGGCCUUCCCAGGGUUCUCCUUCAUGAGCCCACUGGAGCACAUGGACGCACAGCCCGUGUCAUAACAUCAUCUUCGUAUAAUGUAUUUUUUUCUAUAUGUAUUUUUAAACUCUUAAGCAAAAGGUUCUGAUGCUGACA